AUGGAUUUUCAAGAAGAUUUAAAGAAUUUCCCUUUAGAUUAUAGCAUUGUAAAGGAAGAGUACAUUGUUCAAGAAGAUGUCAUAAGUGUUAUUGAAAAACAAGAUGGGGAGAGAUCUGAAGAGGAUUUCCCUUGUCAUCUGUGCCAGAAGACUUUCAAGAAGGAAUGGUAUCUUAAAUUGCAUUUGAAGAGGCAUUCUGGAUUGAGGAAUUACCAAUGUGAUCACUGUGAAAAGAAAUUCACUGAAAGGGCUAUCUUAAAAUUGCAUGUUCAACGUGUUCACUUAGGAAUGAAGACUCCAGAACUUGUAAAUAGAUACAAGAAGAAAUUUUCUUGUGAACAUUGUGGAAAAAUUACCUACGAUAAAUAUGCUUAUGACAAACAUUUAUCAAUUCACAGCAAUAAUUGGGAUAUCCAGUGUCCAAAGUGUCCGAAGAAAUUUAGGCACAAAGACAACUUGAGAGAACACAUGUUUGUCCAUGUAACUGAGAAGCCAGUCUUGUGCAAUAUUUGCAAUAAAGCCUUCAAAAGGAAGAAAUUACUGACCAAACAUCUCAAACGUACUCAUCCAGAGAAUCCAAAUGAGAAUUCCAAAAAAUGCAUUUGUUGCCAAAAGAUCUUCAACACUAAAGAAUCUCUAAGGAAGCAUGUCAGUAACUGUCAUAAAGAUCUUCCUCCUGGGAUUAAAACAUUGAGGGACUACAUUAAAAAACCAUAUGAAUGUGAAAUCUGUGGAAGCUGUUUUGGGGAUAAACUUAAAUUGCAAGUUCAUAUGCGACGCCUACAUCUAAAUAAACAAAAGAAACACCCUCCCUACGUUUGUUCUGAGUGUGGAAAGCAAUGGUUCUUAAAAUACAAAUAUGAAACUCAUUUGAAAAGCCACAGAAAUGAGACACCAUUUCAAUGUGCUAUUUGCUCAAAAGAAUACAAACAUAAAUUCUCCUUGGUUCGACAUUUGAAGGGCCAUGAAAAUAAGAAACUCUCUUCAUCGUGCGAAAAGAAACCUGUGAAUAAGGAUUUUCUGAAAAAGCUCGAUCCAAAGGAAAUGUUGCAAAAAAAUGUUAAAGAAGAUUUGACGAUGGAUUCUGUUGUUAUUAAGAAGGAAGUUGAUGAUGACUACGAAAUGUAUUAAACACAGGAAAAAUAAUUUCAUUGUAAAGUUUUAUCGAAAAUAAGAAUAUAUGGUUAAGAAAAA